ACGUCUGUCACUGCUCUGAUCACUCUUCUGCCUGCCAGGCCACUGCUCAUGUAAGAACGUGUAAGAGGCUGGGGCAAGACUGAAGUUAUUGAGCUCCUGGUUCUGCUCUCCGGACAAGGCGCUUUCUGGGGAUCUGGCGAGCUCAGCUCCCAGGUCAAGCAGGUGCCAGAGCACUGCGCUGUGUCUCCAGCAGUUCUGAGGCUUCUGUGUUCCCUCUGCCCGGGUGGUUUCUGAGUUUGAACAUGGUGCAGAAAUACCAGUCUCCUGUCCGGGUAUACAAGUAUCCAUUUGAGCUGGUCAUGGCGGCCUACGAGAAGCGCUUCCCCACCUGCCCACUUAUCCCAGUCUUUCUGGGUAGUGAAGUCCUGAGCGAGUGUCGAAGCGCAGAUGGAGCGGUGCACACCGUAGAGCGGAGCUGCAGGCUGCGAGUGGAUGCCCCACGGCUGCUGCGGAAGAUCGCUGGUGUGGAGCACGUGGUCUUCAUUCAGAGAAAUGUCCUGAACUGGAGAGAGAGAACGCUGCUUAUAGAUGCUCACAAUGAGACGUUUGCCAGCCGAGUGACGGUGAAGGAGAACUGCCGCUACACGGUCCAUCCCGAGAAUGAAGACUGGACUUGCUUUGAACAGUCCGCCUCUCUGGAUGUCCGCUCUUUCUUUGGCUUUGAGAGCACCUUGGAGAAGAUCGCCAUGAAGCAGUACACUGCCAAUGUCAAGAGGGGGAAGGAGGUGAUUGAACACUAUCUGAGCGAGCUCAUUUCCCAGGGGGCAUCCCACAUUCCCCGUUGGACACCAGACCCAGUCCGGGAGGCGGAUGUCCGUAGCCAGCUUGUGCGCCCGUGCCCUAGUUCCCAGGAGACGGAUGGCCCCAGUGAUGCCCCAGCCCCUGCUUCUGAGAUGGCUACGGCUGAUGGGGACAAGCUGGAUGCAGACUACAUUGAGAGGUGCCUGGGCCAUCUCAGUCCCAUGCAGGAGAGUUGCCUGGUCCAGCUUCGGCGCUGGUUACAGGAGACCCACAAAGGCAAGAUCCCCAAAGAUGAGCACAUCCUGCGUUUCCUGAGGGCUCGAGACUUCCAUCUGGACAAGGCCCGGGAUAUGUUGUGCCAGUCCUUAAGCUGGCGGAAGCAGCACCAGGUGGAUCUCCUUCUGCAGACCUGGCGGCCCCCCGCCCCGCUGCAGGAGUUCUAUGCUGGAGGUUGGCACUACCAGGAUAUAGAUGGCUGCCCCCUCUACAUCCUGCGCCUGGGACAGAUGGACACCAAAGGCCUGAUGAAGGCAGUGGGAGAGGAAGCUUUGCUGCAGCAUGUUCUUUCUGUCAACGAGGAAGGACAGAAGAGAUGCGAAGGAAACACGAGACAAUUUGGCCGUCCCAUCAGCUCCUGGACCUGCUUGCUGGACCUAGAGGGCCUCAACAUGAGGCAUUUAUGGCGACCUGGGGUGAAAGCCCUGCUGAGGAUGAUCGAGGUGGUGGAGGACAAUUACCCCGAGACUCUGGGCAGGUUGCUCAUCGUGCGUGCGCCUCGUGUCUUCCCGGUGCUGUGGACGCUGGUCAGCCCCUUCAUCAACGAGAACACCAGGCGGAAGUUCCUCAUCUACAGUGGCAGCAAUUAUCAGGGCCCUGGCGGCCUAGUGGACUAUCUGGACAAGGACGUGAUCCCCGACUUCCUGGGAGGAGAGAGCGUGUGUAACGUUCCAGAAGGAGGGAUGGUCCCCAAGUCCCUCUAUCUGACAGAGGAGGAGCAGGAGCAGGCUGAUCAGCUACGGCAGUGGAGUGAGACCUACCAUUCAGCCAGCGUGCUUCGUGGAAGCCCCCAUGAGGUUGCCAUGGAGAUACCAGAAGGGGAGUCAGUCAUCACCUGGGACUUUGAUAUCCUCAGAGGGGAUGUGGUGUUCAGUCUGUAUCAUGCAAAACAGGCACCCAAGCUCAGUCCCCAGGAGCCUGGGGUUAGAGCCAGUGGACAGCUGAUCGACAAGAGCUGGAUCCUGGGGGUGGAUUAUAGCCGAGUAGAGGCACCCCUCAUCUGCCGGGAAGGGCAGAGCAUUCAGGGUUCCCAUGUUACUCAGUGGCCUGGCGUCUACCUGCUCCAGUGGCAGAUUCACAGUCCCCCCGAGAGUGUGGCCUGCAGUCUCCCGGGUGUGGAUGACGUCCUGACAGCUCUGCACAGCCCUGGCCCCAAGUGCAAGCUGCUGUACUACUGUGAAGUGCUGGCAUCCGAAGACUUCAGGGGCUCCAUGUCCAGCCUGGAAUCCUGUGCCAGCCGCUUCUCUCAGCUCAGCGCCACCACCACCUCCUCCUCCUCUGGCCAGUCCCACAGUGGCUCGAUGGUGUCCAGAUAGCUGGCUGGGGACCUGCUGGCAGUCUGGGAGCUUCUGGCAUCAGGCAGUGUUGGCAACGAAGCCCAUCUAGACACGCGGGACCCUGUUGGAUGCAGAUGGUGCGGUGCCACACCUGGGGUGUGGUGACUCCACGGCAGGGACCCAGCUCGCUACCCGUGUGCAGGGGGAGCUUCGCUUCAUGGCCUUUGAUGGGACAAAGGCAGACAGACCUUUUACUUCUGACUUUCUUUUAAAAGCCGAGACCUCCUGGAUGCUCUACCUCCUGUCCCCUGGAGUUUAGGAUGGGACCAGGGCUGGGGUUCCUCUCACCACGUGCUGUGGCUUCCUCCUCAGGGAGGCCUAUUCUACCACAGGAUCAUCACUGUUUGGUGCCAGGAAAGUGCACAAGGGAAUGUCUCUUCCCAAAGUCCCAGGCCAUUCAGAAGCUCUCCUCAGCCUGCCUGGGUCCAUUCUGAACCAAUCACAGUUGCAGGGAGAGUGAAAGAGCACGUGACUGCCGGCAGGGUCAUGUGUUUAAUCUGGACCAAUCACUGUGAUUUGGGUGCAGUGUAGUGAUUGGCCAGCUUGGAUUAUGGGGCAUUUCUGGGGCCAAUCACGUGGUCUGGAAAGGGCAAAGUAGGCAGAAGGACUACUGGGGGAUGGGUGACUGGGUAGAUGGUCACCUUAGAAUUUUUUAUUUAGCUGUUUGUGACUGAGCACUGUCCAAGGAGCUAUGAUGGAGAGUUAGGACUCUGCUAUGGACUGUAGUUCCGUUUUCUGCUUUGUGGAGCACUUAACCUUGACCACCCCUGACUUGAGGAACAUCGAGAAGCCCAGGGCUUCUGCCUAGUUCCAGGCAGUGAUGGGCUGAUGGGGGUGACUCCAGACAUUCUUGUCUCCCUCCAGAGAGGUCUCUUGCUGAGCCACUGCUCCCU